AUUUCCGUUGUCAGGUGGUGCUGUCGCUGUGGAAAGAUGCGAUCAGCGAGAAGCGGAGGCUUUUCCUUAAUUGCUCAUUUCAGUAAUAGAGGCUAAACAACGCGAAACUAAAACCCCCGAAGCUUCUCCCGGCUGAGAGAGAAGCUCCGUACACCCACCACAGCGUUCGCCUGAGAAAUGUUGAUAUUUUAAGAAGACAACGCAGAUCUUAGCCGGCGGUUUUGGCUUUGAGAGCUCCAGUAUGUCCAAACGGCGCUCGUCAGAGAGGGGGGCUGGAGAGACAUCAGGCAGGGCUAGCAAGCUGCAGUGUCCUGGGAUAUCUGGCAGUAACGCCAAGAGAGCCGGCCCCUUCAUCCUCGGACCUCGCCUGGGCAACUCGCCAGUACCGAGUAUAGUCCAGUGUUUGGCCAGGAAAGAUGGCACAGAUGACUUCUAUCAGCUCAAAAUCCUGACGCUGGAGGAGCGAGUAGACUCCGUGGGGGAAACCCAGGAGGAGCGACAGGGGAAGAUGCUGCUGCAUACAGAAUACUCUCUCCUUUCUCUGCUGCACAACCAGGAUGGUGUGGUUCACCAUCAUGGCCUUUUUCAGGAUCGCGCCUAUGAAAUAGUAGAGGACAUGGAAGCCAACAAAGUUCGUAAGAUGAAGAAGCGGAUCUGCCUUGUCCUGGACUGCCUCUGCGCUCACGAUUUCAGUGACAAGACGGCAGAUCUAAUAAACCUCCAGCAUUACGUCAUAAAGGAGAAGAGACUGAGCGAGCGUGAAGCUAUUGUCAUUUUCUACGAUGUUGUGCGUGUGGUGGAGGCCCUCCAUAAGAAAAACAUUGUGCAUAGAGACCUCAAGCUGGGAAAUAUGGUGCUGAACAAACGGACACACCGGAUUACCAUCACUAACUUCUGCCUGGGAAAACAUCUGGUGAGUGAGGAUGACCUGCUGAAAGACCAGAGAGGGAGCCCUGCCUACAUUAGUCCUGAUGUAUUAAGUGGUCGCCCAUACCGCGGUAAACCCAGCGACAUGUGGGCCCUCGGCGUUGUCUUGUUCACCAUGCUGUAUGGCCAGUUCCCUUUUUAUGACAGCAUACCUCAAGAACUCUUCCGCAAAAUCAAGGCUGCAGAGUACUCUAUUCCAGAAGAUGGUCGUGUGUCUGAGAACACGGUGUGCCUCAUUCGAAAGCUGCUCGUGCUGGACCCUCAGCAGAGGCUGGCUGCAGGAGAAGUGCUGGAGUCACUCAGUGCCAUUAUUGCUUCAUGGCAGUCGGUUUCAUCGAUGAGUGGCCCUCUACAGGUAGUUCCAGAUAUUGACGAUCAGGUCAAUAACCAAGAACAUUUACAGGAGGCCAAGGCAAUCGAAGAGUCUUCGCAGUACGAAUUUGAGAACUACAUGCGCCAGCAGCUGCUGCUGGCUGAAGAGAAGAACACUAUUCAUGAAGCCAAGAGCUUUCUCACCAAGAGGCAGUUUGGCAACAUCCCACCUGUCAGACGUCUGGGUCACGACGCCCAACCAGUCAGUCCAUUCGACGCUACUGCUCUUGCUCAACGAUUCCUCCGGAAAUAACCCUCAACCAGCCACACCAACCUCUUAUGCCUCCCUGGGAACUAAAUACACCCAUGGAGACCAGAGAGAACUUGGGAGAAAAAUACCCAAAACGGAACUGGCACACAGGAAGACCUUCCUGAGCCGGCAAGCAGACAGAUGCAUACUGGGGUUUUAGUAAGCUAAGUGGAGCAGACGCAUAGUCGAGUACCAGAGCAGAUUCACAUCUCAGAGCUUCACUUUCCCAGUCUGGAUCAUCUCUGGCCUGGACACGAAACUCCCGACUCAAAGGUUCUUUGCCCACUUGUUAGUCACUGUGCAUCAAACUCGUCGGCAUGGUGUGUCGCGGUGCUGAUGAGGUUCUACCUGCAGUGUUGAAGAAACUAUUAACCCCUGACGCCUCUUCCUUGCACCUCUAAAACUUCCCCAUCCAUUCUGGCUUCCCUGAGCAAUACAGGUCCAGAAUCAUGUAGCAACUCCCCCCUCUUUUCACCAUGGUUUGGAAUUUUCUCAAGUCCAGUUACUUGAUCACAGAUGUCAUUCAUGUAUACCUCCAUUCCACCUUUUUUCUCUCUUUCUCACCCUCUCUCUCUUUGAUUUUUUUCUGCAUUGUUCUAACCAUAACUCUUCAAAUCAAUCUACCUCUCCGUCUCUGUCCGUCUGUUUCUAAACCAUACUCGCAGUUCUGAGGCGAGGGAUUGUAACGACCGAGUCUCAACCCACCAGUGGCAUAAAGCAUUAAUGUUUUCAGUUGGAGUGAAACUGCUUUAAAACCGUUUUAGGCAGUUUCUAAAAAUCUGAAUAAGCUUUGUAUUUGCCUGAAUAAGUAGCAUUUUAUCUCAGUAGUUUCAUUGAAGAAAGAUUUCAAUAUCAAAGCUUGCGUUGAAAUUCACGCUCUGCAUCGUCUCCUGCUUCUUUCUCAUCCCUGUGGAAAUCUUUUUAGCACCUCGGCAGCUAUUGUGAGGUACCUGGGAGUCCCAAUGCCAAGAACUAAAUGAGGCGAAGUUAUAUUGAUGAUGGUAACUCUUCCUUAGUGCCGCUACAAUGACUAUCCAGCACCGUCAUGUUUCCGUUGCCAAAAAUCCUGUCUUAAAUUUCUUCUUAGCCAAGGAAACUGGUACUUUCAGACUCAUUUAGAAUUGUUUGACUUCCAGGUAGCUUCCCUAUGUCUUCUUAUCAAAACCAAUCAUAGGACAAGUGGGGUUUUUUUUUCUCUGUGUGAAUGUGAACAGUCAUUUCUUUGCUUUGAUGAAUCUGCAGUAUCCUGAAGUGUGCAUGCUGUGUGUGUAGGUUGGGGUCAGACAAACAAGGGUGUAUGAAGCUGAAACUCUCUGACCCUUUAAGCUAUCUUCCACUUAUUGUUGUGUUCUGUUAUCUGGCCUGCCUCUAUGGCAGACACUGUGAAACACAGACCAGGCUCUGCUGAGGUGGGGCUUGACUGAAUGAGUUUUUUUUUUUUGUCGGGGGGGAAUGACGUGAAUGCUUUAAGAUUGAAAAAGAUCAUAUACAUCUCCUUUCAGACGUAUUAUUACCUCUUUUUCACACAAAAUCUACACACUUUAUUGGUUUUUAUAUGCUAAGCCAACACAAAGCAGUUCUUCAUUGUGAAGUUAAAGGAUACAUUUAGGGGAAAAAUAAUCUUAGACCUGUAGCAUACAUUUUAAUUCAGCUCCCUGAUUUAAUAUGCAAUAGAUCCACAUUUUGGUGCUACAUGCAGCCCAAAAAGCCCAAAUUUUAGUCCUCCCCUUUGUUGUGUUGCCCUGUCUUUCAACAGUCUUGCCACCCAAUCCUUUGUUGUUUGUACUGGACUCUCGGGAUAUUGUUUAAAGCCAUGAUGUGCUUUAAAUAUCCUUUAUUUCUGGUUUGUCUGCUGUUUUCAUUGGUCUUCGUGGUGCUAUUUGUUCCCCAUUGUUCACUAGCAAACUUCUAAAGCUGUCGAAGAAUGCAGUACACCCUAUUAGUACUGGGAUUAAGUUGCACACAGGUUGAUUUUCAAAUUAGAUGACUUCUAAAGGCAAUUGGUUGCAUUAAAUUUUAUUUAGUCGCAUCAGAGAACAUGGAGCUUAAAAUACAUGGUGUGAUUUUCAAAAUCACACCAUGUAUUUUACUUUUUAGUUAUGAACUAUGUGUUGGUAUGUCACAUAUCCCAAUUGUAACUUCACUAAAAUACCUGAUGAAAUGUGAGGACAUUCUGGGUUUUAAUACGUCUGCAAGGCGGUGUAACUUUUUUCUCCCAAACUCACCUUGUACAUGCUCUUCUUAUCUCACAAUGUGGGCCCCUCUGAGCCCUAGCCAGUGGCAGAUAAAUAUUACUGUAAUAUUCUGUAGUUAAAUGAAAAUACAAACUCACAGGUCUAUAAGUGCAGUUUCUGGGUUCGCUUGAUGCAUUAUUCUGUUUUUUACAGAACUAUUUUUGAAACCAUGGCAAUGCUACUAACCAGUGACUGUUAGGCAUCUGUACUGUGCAUCUUGCCUUUGCAUAUUGGUACUUGCUUUAUGGCUUUAGAUGCUUUUUUUCCUAUUUAUAUUCAAAUUGCAUGAACAUAGAGUCUCUUCAAAUGUCUUUUACUGCUCUAUUUUUCCUUGUAGUUUCAUGUUGAUUUAUUUAUUCACUUGUGUAGACCCUCCCUCUCCAAACCACUGGUGCUUGUAUCACAGACAUUGAUUGUAGACAGUCAAGAACUCUCCUUAAAACAAGGCCCCACAGCUGUUUGCUCUCUCAGCUUUAAACAGUGGUUCCACUUCAGCAAUCCAAAUCCUUUUCCUUCUCAGACACAUUUGUGAAAGAGUAGCAUUUCCUUUUCUCUUAGGAUUACUCAAUUGUUUUCUUGUGGUCACCUUAAGCUACACUAAUAUUAAGACUGACUUUUGCAUAGUUCUAUUUUUUAAAGAAAUGAUGAUAAUAAUAAAUGGAUUUUCUCAUCUUAAUUUACGGGAGGGGUUUUUGUAGUGAAAAUCUUUUGUUGCCAUUAACCCCUAAACCCCAACCCAAGGCUGCACUCUCUGGUCAGUAUGUAAAUAAUGUACCAUGAUGACUGUGACGGUCAGACUUUAUGUACAAAAGCUCUACCCUGUGACUUACCAGCUCUGUUUCAGCACAUGGUGAUCGACUCGUUCUUUGGGCCACGUUGGCCAUCUGACAUCACAUCCAGAGUUUAAAAUGAAACUUAGAGAGCCGCCGGCUUUCUCCCAUCUCAAUGUGAAUUCUGUGAGUAUUCAGCAGUAUUGUAGUAGUCUAGGUUCAUCAGAAAACUCCAUUGCCACCACUGAAUGCUAACAUUUAGGGGGUAUUUAUGGGGAAUGUCUGAUGCAAUCACCAUGAGAAACAAAUACACAUCAGUAAUUGUUAUUUACUCUCCCCAAUGAUUCUUAGAUUGUACUAUGCUCAAUGUUUAAUCUGGAAAUACUUUGUACGAUGAGGUAAAUUAGUAAAACUCAGAACGUGCAAGGCGAGUCCAGAAAACAUUUUGUCAGAUCAUCUUCCCCCAGCGGGGUGAGUAAUACAGACGUGUUGGUUAAAAUUGUCAGUACAUAUUUGAGAUAUUACUGACUGAUCCAACUGUAAAUUCAAUGCAGGGAUGUGAAACAUGGAGUCACAAAGUGUUGUGAGCUGCUUGGUUGGAUAUGGGCAUCUAAAUACGGAAAACUGAUUAACUGUACAGAUAAACGCAUUUGUAUAAAAAAAACAUAUUUUUCUACGUCAUCAGAUCUCUACAUGCAUGUCAGCAAUAAACUUUGAUAUGGAAGCGUU